AAAAAUGAUUUUAUAAUUAAUAAAAUAAACAAAAUAUGAGAAUACAUUAUUUGGAUAACAAGAAAACAUUUAUUUGUAUUAAAUAUAUUUUAAUUUAAAUAAUUUUAAUUCAUCUAAUGAAAACAUUUCGUUGUUUAGUGAAGUUAGUGUUUCUAUGGAAACAGACCAUAGAAUGAAGCACGUAUCAUUUUGUUGCUCUUUUUUUCUAUUAAACAUUUCUUUAUUUAUUUUUAUUUUAUAACUGCAAGUACCUGAUAUUUAGGGGCUCACCCAUUAGCUCUUUGACUUUCAUUGUACUUUUGACCUAGCAUUUACUGAUAACAAGCAUAUCACACAUCCUUACUUGGUUGCUAUGUUCACCAGUGCAGAGUUUGGGCCUUGUUGCCAUGGCAACUCAGAGCUUCAUGCCAGACAUGCAGGCCCUCAACCCAGGCAGGAUACAACAGAACUCACCUGCUUCUCAACCACAGUCAACACAGGGUGCAACUAGUAUAGUAGAAUCUAGUCAACAAUCUCAACAGAGUCCAAUUUCUCGAACUCAGUCUCAAGUAUCAACUAGCCAGUCUGCUUCUGUUCAGACAGUAGUUUCAGUAACCCAGAGCCAGCAACAAUUACAAGCUUCUCAAGGAUCUUCAACUCCUGCUACAGUUGCAGUAACUCAAGUUUCAGUACCUGUUGUUCAUUCUCCUUCUCAACAGCAGCAGUCACAGAGUCAGCAACAAAGUGGUACUGUAGUUUCAACACCAGGAACACCUCAGUUUAUUACAGUUGCAGUUUCAGAAGAAAAUCAGAAUCAGGGUACUGUCACACUUCAAUCAGCACAGCCUGUUCAUCCUGCAUAUGUACAGUAUGUUGAUGGAAGUGGAGAUGCAGCACUAUAUUCUGCUGCUAAUGGUCAAAUGACAGCAUAUUCUGUAUAUAAUGUCACUGAUUCAUCUACAAUGUAUACUCCUGCAACUGCAUCUUAUUAUAACACUGGUAGUGGAACUCCAUCUACUUACUCUCAGGUGAGCAGUAAUGUUAACCAAGGUUCUGUGGGUGUUGGAAUUCAAGGUCAGAUUCUUGCUCAUCAGGGAGGUGGAACAUACCUAGUACAAGGCAGCAGUUUAGAUGGAGAGGGGCAUUCUUUGAUACAUACAACCCGUGCAUCUCCAGCAACAGAAAGUGGGGGUUAUAAAGUACAGAAUGAAAUGAUGGAUGGAGAAACUCAUCACAACCUAGCUACUGCCUCUGCCACUGCUACCCAUACUACUCGUAUUUCUCCUGUAACAGAGGAUCCACGAAAGGUCACCGACAUCAUAUCCCACUACUCUAAUGAUCAGUGUGUGAUCCAGACCUUGCACAGCUCCCAUGACAAUACUCAGCUGCAGCUCCCACCCCAACAGCCUCAGCCUCAGCCACAACCUGAUCACUCCCCAUCAUCCCAUCAUUCUCAACAUCAAAAUGUGCGAGACAUGGACAUUAUUCAUGUUCAAUGGUUAAUAGAUAAUUAUGAAACUGCAGAAGGUGUUAGUUUACCUAGAAGUACACUCUAUAAUCAUUACUUAAGGCAUUGUGCAGAACAUAAAUUAGAACCAGUAAAUGCAGCAUCAUUUGGUAAAUUAAUAAGAUCUGUAUUUCUUGGUUUAAGAACGAGAAGAUUAGGUACCAGAGGUAAUUCAAAGUACCAUUACUAUGGGAUACGUGUAAAACCAAAUUCUCCACUUAAUCAAAUAACAGAUGAUGUAACAACAGCUCUUAGACAACAGCCUUUAGGACAAACAAAAAGGUUAAAACCCAACAAUUCCACAAAAUCUGAUAAUUCAGAUGGAAAUAGUACAUCUAGUAGCUCUGUUACAUCACAGACUGCAGAAGGCCUUCAUAAUCAGCAGCCUCAACAACAACAUCAGCAAUUUCUUGGUGAUGCUUCAGCUGCAAUUCCGAAUUUUAUUGAUAUUGAUUUUGAAACAUCAGCCUUAUCUGAUGGUAUAAAUCAGGAUGAUUUACUUGAAUUUCGCAAUUUGUACAGAGAACAUUGUGAAGCAUUUUUAGAUGCUGUAGUAAAUCUUCAGUUUUGUAUGGUAGAAACCUUAUGGCAGACGUUUUGGAGAACACAAAAUAGCCAUGGCCAAAAUGAAUAUGAAAAAUUACUCAGCAAGUCAAAAUUAUACCUUCUGUGCAAGUGUGAACCAGUUCAACAAUUCGUUCGUCGAGCUGAUUAUCAGUUUUACCAAAAUCUAGUCGAUGUGCUCAUUCCGGAUGUUUUAAGACCCAUUCCAAGUUCUCUUACUCAGGCAAUUCGUAAUUUUGCCAAAAGUUUAGAAGGAUGGCUAGCAUCAUCUAUGAUUGGUUGUCCAGAAGAAAUGAUCAGAGUAAAGUUAAGUGCUGUAAGUGCCUUUGCCCAGACAUUACGCCGGUAUACUUCUUUGAAUCAUUUAGCUCAAGCGGCAAGAGCAGUAUUACAAAACACAUCACAGAUUAAUCAAAUGUUGUCAGAUUUAAAUAGAGUAGAUUUCCAUAAUGUACAGGAACAGGCUUCUUGGGUGUGCCAGUGUGAAGAUAAUAUGGUUCAAAGGCUGGAACAAGAUUUUAAAUUGACAUUACAACAACAAAAUUCACUUGAACAAUGGGCAGCGUGGCUGGAAGGUGUUGUUGCUGUAGUGUUACAGCCAUAUGAAGGCAAACCUGACUUUCCUAAAGCUGCAAGGCAGUUUUUGUUAAAAUGGUCUUUUUAUAGUUCAAUGGUUAUUCGUGAUCUAACAUUAAGAAGUGCUGCCAGUUUUGGAUCUUUUCAUCUAAUUAGAUUACUUUAUGAUGAAUACAUGUUUUAUUUGAUAGAACAUUGUGUGGCUAAAGCAAUUGGUGAAACUCCUAUUGCUGUUAUGGGAGAGUUUAUAGGGCUUGGAACAAAACUAAGGUGUGGAAAAGAUACCCCUCUUUCAAUUCAGAAGAAUUUAGUCACUCCUUCAUCAACACAUAGUACAAAAAUUAUUGUUGAAAAUGGUUCUUCAAUGGAUUCAAACUGCAGCAAUGUGCCUCAUAGUUCCUCUUUUAUUGGCAGCUGUUCCAAUAUAACAAUAACUAAUGGAAUCAAGGACACUGUUACAAAACUGAAUGCAGCGUUACAGCCAGGUCUCAUUGGUCAACCACAAGUAACAAUUGCCAGUAAUAUGUUAGAAGCUGUAGAAGGAGAAGGUGUUUUACAAAGUGCAAAAAAGCUGAAAGUUACUUAAUGUAUUGUUUCAAAUUAGAAACUUAAAACGGCAGCAUUUCACCAGUGCUGCUUCCUUUUUUAUCAAAUGUAAUUUGUUUGAAAACUCAAGAACAAAUGGAUGUAUAUAUACGUACAAGCAUGCAACUGCAGUUGCUGUCAUCACUCAUGGAUAUAAAUUAUUUCAAGAUAAAUUAUUGCCAGAAAAUGGCCCUUGACCAACUGCAGUAAUCUGCAGCUUAAAUUUUUCCUUGCCAAGAAAAGCCAAGCUAUUAUUGGCUUUUAAUGAUGUGGUGUCUUAAAAAUUGUACACAUUUGUAAUAUUUUUUAAGCCUGAACUCUGUGUGGCUCUUUAGACAGCUUAUUUGAAAAAAAAGUAAUUUAGCUGUAAUUUCUAAAAGAAUUGAUAUAGAAUAUACACAGAAUUUUCACUUAAAUUGCACAAACUGCCUUGGAUGAUUAGAGAAUAAUACACCCAAAAGCACUUAUUCCAUGGCAGUGCUCUUCUAGAACAUAUCAAAGAUAUUAAAGAGCAUUGUGAUAGUUGAUCACAAAAGCACACAAAAUGGGUGAACUAUAAUAUAGUAUAGUUGAAAGAUAAAUAGGAGUUUAAUCUCCUGUGUGUAAUUUACAGAAUGAAUGAGAUAGAGCAGUUAAAAAGCUAGCUCUGUUUGUGUGCAAAGCAGAAUGUAUAAAAAAUCAGUUUAGAGUUAUAUAAUUUUAUGAAAAAUAACUUAUUUACUAUUGCCAAAGAAGUCACAAUGAAUUUGUAGUUUCACUGUAAUGUUCCUCAGAACAGAAAUGGUACUUAUUUAGUAUAACAGUGGAAAAUUUUACUCCAGUAUUAAGUUGUGACAUAGUCAUUACUGUGAUGAAUUUUGUGGUAUGUUUUGUCAUAUGCACCACAUGUGAUUGUACAUCUUGUGUUAGUGUUUUUUUUGUGCAUGAUUUGUUGUAUAAAAAUGUUGCUGUUGGAAAUUAAUAGUGCAUUUCAUAUUUGCAAGGGCUUUCAUUUUCCCCCACAAUGUUCCUUGAAGCACACAGUCAGUCUUGUUCAUAUUAUGUUGUUUAAAAAUGUGUGCAUGUGUGUGUAUGUGUGUGACUUCUCAUUCAUCAUGGAAGCCAGAACUGUUUAAAUAUAUAUAUAUAUUAUAUAUUAUAUAUAUACAUACAUACACAUAUAUAAGAGAAGCUGAGCCUUUCCAUUUAAAUCAGACAAGAAACAUUGGUACAUGUACUAUUUUUCAGUCUAUGACAAAAGUGACUUUCAUCCCAUUCUUGUUCAAGUGCCGAUCCCUUUGCUCAACAGGAGUCCAUCCAGUUUUGGUGUCUUAGCAACAUGCACUGCUGAUGCAGUGUUGACAGUCACAUACUGUAAUUCAUGUAAGGGAACGAUACAGUUAUAACCAUCGGCAAUUUUAGUGUGCAUUCAUUAAAAAAUCACUGAAUUCAUAAACAAAAGGUUCAUACAUUAAAAAAAAAUAUAUAUGAAAUAAAAUAAAAUUUUGAAAUAAUUGCCAUUUCUUAAUGUGCCUGCAAUUCUCACUGAUGGUUUACAACUGUAAUGUUUCCAUAGCACUUAUGCUUCCCUUUGCUUCUUUCAAGAGAGGCAUAUUUUGUAUCAGCCACUUCCAAUUUUUGCAAAGUUAAAAAUAAAAAAAUAAAAAAGGCAUUUGAUAAAUCAAAUGCAUCAAUAAAAAACAGGUAUCCUUGUGCCAGCAUCUAUGAAGUGCUGUGAUGUUCAGCAGGUGUGAGUAGAUGUUCAAACAAAUGUUUUGAAAACUGUUUGAAAAAUAAAAUCUAAAUCACAUUUUACAUGUUAGUGUGUGUAUUUGAGAAUUAUUUUAAAUAACUAAACUUUCAUUUCUUCUUCAUUAA